GUCGUCGCGUCUACGUGCUCCGUCGUCUCUGUCCUCCAUACCCUCUCGCAUCCAUCCACUCGCCAGACUCGCUUCGCUUGCACCACCACCACUGCCGCUCUCCUCGCCGGGCCACGCUCCCUAGCCCCUGACCCAUCCGCGCCAUGGCCCGCAACGCCGUCUCGGGCGGCGGCUUCGACUUCUCGCUGAUCUUCAGCAACCUCAUCCUGCUCGGCACGCUCGGCCUGGCCGCCGUGGGCUGGUUCGUCGCCUUCAUCGGGCAGAUUGUCGCCGAGGCGCGCGGCACCACCAAUGUCGUCGUCUCGACGCCGUCGGACCGGCUCGGCGUGCUGUGGUUCGGAAUCUUUGUGCAGCUCUUCCUGCUGCUCGGUGUCGCCGCCGUGCUGGCCAGCGACGGCAUCGCCACGCACCGCCUGCAGCUCUCGGCAUGGACGGUCGUGGCGCUCGUGUUUGCCGUGAUUGGCAUCGACAAGGGCAUCUACUCCGACUACCGCCAGAACGGCGCACUGCACGCCAUGGGCGCCGGCUACUUCCUCCUCACCAUCGCCAACGUCAUCUGGCUCUUCUUCUUCACCGCCGAGGAGGACUCGGCCGUGUAUGCGCUGCUCUCGAGCCUCGGCUCCGGUGGCCUCUCGGGCCCCGGCGGACGCGGUGGCCGGCAGAUGCGCGGCGGCAAUGGCUCGCUCUCGGGCGGCGCCAUCAGCGGGCCGACCGGCACGUCGGGCUUCGGCACUGGCUUUGCUGCCGGCUCCUCUAGCGGCGGCGGCUACACGCAGACGUACAACAACCCUUCUACAGGCGACAUUACGCAGGGCGUCGCGGCGCCGUCUGCCGCCAUGAAGAGCUCGCACUCGCUGCGCUCCAACACGCAGAGCAACGCGCCGGGCCGCGUCGGAGGCGCGGCGGCGGCGGCGCCGCAGAGCGACUUUGGCGCACAGAGCAGCCACCACCAGCCGACGGUGCCGGGCAGCCCCAGCAGCUCGCGGCCCGCAGGGACAGUGGAGGGAGAGCCGACGCCUGGGUAUGGCUACCGGGCACGCGCGCUGUACGCAUACCAAGCAAACGCAGACGACCCGACCGAGAUCUCCUUCUCGAAGGGCGAGAUCCUUGACAUCGUGGACAACUCCGGCAAGUGGUGGCAGGCACGCAAGCCGACAGGCGAGACGGGCAUCGUGCCGAGCAACUACAUGCAACUUCUCUAAGCGUCUCCGAACGUCUCCCCGCUGCAAGCAAACAAAAGCCAGAGCUUCCCUCUUUGCUGCGCCCACCAACACCCGCACUCAUUGCUGCUGCCGUGCCGCCUCCAAAACACCACACAACUCUCCGCCGCCUCGCUUUACCCAAGAGGCCUUCUGUCCUCUUUUCCCGCUCCCAAACCCUGCUUUCUUCCUGCGCUUCCUAUUUCACUCUUCCUUUCUUCUCAAGCCAAAGCAGCGAGCUUGUCCAAGCGCAGGACGCUAAUGCUCGCCCUGGCAUCCACCUUUCUGUGCGCUCGGACUCGCUGCGGCACAUACAUACUGUCCGCCUCCCACUCCCCUUGUUUUUGUCGAAGACCCACCCUGCCCUGCGCCUGCGCUUGCGCUUGCUCGCCCUCAAUAUCCAUCGCAUUGCCCAGAC